ACCGAGGAGCAACGGCCGCAAACCAAUCCACGAAUUCCCCCUCGACAGGAGGAAGAGCCGUCCGUGGAGGGUGGCCGGGACAGGUGACCAGGAAGGUCCUGGGGUGUCCCAGACACACCAACCCCACCCGUGUCACCUGCGCCAGGAGGGCUCUGGAGGGGUGCGAUGGCUGCCAAGGUGUUCGAGAGCAUCGGGAAGCUCGGCCUGGGCUUGGCCGUGGCGGGCGGAGUUGUCAACUCGGCUCUUUACAACGUGGACGCCGGGCACCGGGCCGUGAUCUUUGACCGUUUCCGUGGGGUGCAGGACGUGGUGGUGGGGGAGGGCACCCACUUCCUGAUCCCCUGGGUGCAGAAGCCCAUCAUCUUCGACUGCCGCUCGCGGCCCCGCAACGUCCCCGUCAUCACCGGCAGCAAAGACCUGCAGAACGUGAACAUCACGCUGCGGAUCCUGUUCCGGCCCGUGACGGCGCAGCUGCCGCGCAUCUUCACCAGCAUCGGCGAGGACUACGACGAGCGCGUGCUGCCCUCCAUCACCACCGAGAUCCUCAAGUCCGUGGUGGCGCGCUUUGACGCCGGCGAGCUGAUCACGCAGCGGGAGCUGGUGUCCCGGCAGGUCAGCGAGGACCUCACCGAGCGAGCGGCCACCUUCGGCCUCAUCCUGGACGACGUGUCCUUGACGCACCUGACCUUCGGCAAGGAGUUCACCGAGGCGGUGGAGAUGAAGCAGGUGGCGCAGCAGGAGGCGGAGCGGGCCAGGUUCAUCGUGGAGAAGGCCGAGCAGCAGAAGAAGGCAGCGGUGAUCUCUGCGGAGGGAGACUCCAAGGCUGCGGAGCUGAUUGCCAACUCGCUGGCCACGGCCGGGGACGGGCUGAUCGAGCUGCGCAAGCUGGAGGCGGCCGAGGACAUCGCCUACCAGCUCUCGCGCUCCCGCAACAUCACCUACCUGCCCUCGGGACAGUCCGUGCUGCUGCAGCUGCCCCAGUGAGGCUGCCGCGGGGGAAACCCCCGGGAAAGGAGGGGGAAAAAAGAGAAAUCAUCGCCGUUUCCUAGCGGAGGAAACGGAAAUUUGGAGAUCGGAGGGAUUUUAGGGGGGCGUUUUUUUGGAUGGGUGAUCGAAUAAAAGUGAACGCUGGCGA